AUGUUACCUGAGCCAAGCAAAGGAAAGAAGAAACCAGAUAUAGAGGAUAAGGACAACACAAAGAAAACUGAUAAGCGACGAAAUUCGCUAACUGAUUCGUCAACGUUCUCAACAUCCACAUCGUCAAAUAGCAGUAGUGUAGACAGUGACGAAGCGGUCAGUUGGCUAGGGACUUUGUGCGACUCAAAAGGGACCAUGACAGUACCCACAGAAAAUGUGGCCAAUGCAGAAGAACAAGUUGUAAAGGCGGAUUUAGAGAAGUUUCGUCGACCGAUUCGAACCGAUAAUUCGACAGCUGAAGAGUAUCGACGACUUCAUGGUUUCAGAAGUUUAGCAGAUGAUUUUAAUAAUGUACUUUCGGUUGAAAACAACAAGAAUUGCAAUAACGAGAUUACUAAACCUGCUGUGAUUCAAACGAAAAAGAGGGUCGAAAAACUACGAAAAGAACGUGAGAAAAAAGACAGAAAGGAUCGCGAAAGAGCUGCAGCAGCGAAGAAAGAAGUAGAAAAUCGGGAAGCAAACCGACAGUCAGCAUUAUUCGAAUGUGAAAAGGAAAGAUGUGUACGGGAAAUGGUUAGAUGUAACCAGCGUCGUGGUCAGCAUACCCUUGGACCGGUUCACUACGGAUCAGCUAGUCUAGUGGCAUCAAUGGAUUCAUCCAAUUCAACUCCAACAGAAACUAUACGUAUAGCUAAGCAAGAGGAGAAGCUCAGAGCAUGCGUUGGUUUUGGGAUCGCUGCCACUGGGGUGUACGAUCAUCUUCCAAAGAUUGCUUGCGCCAGAAUAACCAGACCUCCCUAUUAUUCUGAUCUAGUUGGAGCCCACAAAGAAAACUGGAGAGAAAGUUACCAAGAUUUCUAUUUACAAGAACAUAAUCACAUUGGAGCACUGUUUGUGGAGAGGGAUGCCUUAGAAGAUAUGGCGGUGAAAAUGGAAACUAUCGCCUCUAUGAACGAUUCUGUCUAUUCGAAUAAAUGGCUUAGAAAGUUGUUGAUGCUAGUCUUGAAAGGCAAGAUUCGCAAGGUAUGGCGAAGGAUGCUGAUUAUUAGUGAGCUAUUGCGAGAUUAUGAUUGUCAUAAUAAUCGUUUCCGAAUACUAGGACUUCGCCAAGUUGUAGAGCACAUUAUGAAGAGCAUUGUAAAUUUGACAAGGGAUCCCCAAAACAAUACAAACGUGGUCAUGUAUUUGUCUUCACAAUAUGCGGGUCGAAAGCCUUGUUUUUUGGAGAAGCAUUGCCAGUGUUUGAUGCUCGAUUUAAUCCUCUCUUCUUUGUCACCGUCCGAAUGUGGUAAAGUGACCAUGGAAAAGACCAACAUGUGUCAACGACAAGCCGUGCAUUUUGCAGUUAUCAGCGGCCAGCCAUGCCAGCUCAAUGUUUUAAUGAAACACGGUACACCAUGCAACGAGUUUGAUAAAUCGAAGCAGGCUCCCAUACACUACCUCGUAGAGCGGAACAAUGUGCUCAUGGUUCGACAAUUCAUGUGGUAUGGCUCUGACAUGUCUAUAGUGGAACCGUCUCUACCGAAAGUGCCAUCUGAACUGUUUAAUGUCGACAACGGCGAGGUAUGUACUUUUUUGCAAACACGAAUGAAAGCUCUCGAACGGAUCAUGGUUACUUGGCUGAAAGCGAUCUGCGCAGGCAAGCUACAGCUUGGUAAUGCUGCAAGCUCUCUACAUUCCAUUCGUUUUCUACCACCUGGUGGAGCGGACGGCGGAAUAGACCCAUCGAGCGAUCCUAGAAGAUUGUUGAUCGGUCUGAGACCUGAUGUGAUCGGUGAAGUUACUGAAGGCGAUAAUUUGGUUGUUUUCAUGCUACCAGUAGCGUUUACACCUCAAGAUGCUUUGAUGCCAGCUGCAUAUCCACACAUUGUUCGAAUGGAAAUGUUCGAAGCGUCAUAUGAGCCAUACAAACAGGCUUUAUCUCUGAUGAAGGCGCCAACACUGUGCGUGACUGCUGAUCAAUUGCUUUCCAAAGUCUACUCGACAGUGCCAGUUUUCCGAGAAGUACAUAAUGGAUAUUUGUACGCAUGGCGAAUACCUUGUAAAAGUUCGGUGUUAAAAGGCAUAGAGUUCGCAUCAUUACAUUGUACAAUGGAUACAUCAAAAAUGGACCCUCAAGUUGCUCGACAAUCAAUGCUUUUUGUGCAGAUUUUCGUUGUGAAAUCAGCAACGCCAGGGCGUGGCAAACAGAAAUUGGAGUGA